CAGCAUUGGAGAAGGGGGAAGGAAAAAAGUGUAGGUGGCAACAGUCGCCGACCCUUGGCCCUUAUGAGAGACCCUUGUUUUUCAUAUAAGUCAUGGUCUUAGCUGUGGGAUAAUCUCCAAUGGGGUAUGGUAACGCGAGCCGAUACCGAGGGCGGCCAGACGCUCACCAAGUACGUACGCCAUAGUACAAUACAAGCACAUGAGUAACUAGCACAUAGGAUUGUGGCGCUAUCACUCAAUCGCCCCAUCUCUUUCAUCCUACCGAGUAUAAAUCCCACAAUUCCACGACCCCCGCUCGGAGAAACCACCGCCGCGCCGCCCUUUGUCUCACUAUGAUCAAAAGCUCGUCCCUUCUUCAGUCACUAAGAAAAAGCAACUUUGAAGCGAAGAAAGCCACGAUCUCUCUCUCUCUCUGUAUAUAUGUACGACCCGACCCGCCUUGCGACUGAAACAUGUCCCUAGUGGGAGACCCGGAAAACGCGCAUAGGAUUGGUGCGUAUCGACCGUGGUAUCUUCCGUUUCGCUCGAGGAAUUGCGACGCCGAUCCAUACCGCAGCGGCUCGGCCUUUGCGGUUUCGCCGUGGUGGACUCCGUUGAUUUUCGAAAAUGACAGCAGUGAUGCUCGCGACCACUGUGCAAAUGAGAGGACUUUUCUCUCCUACCUCCGCCUCUCGGUCUAUAUGUCGGUAGUCUCCAUAGCCAUCAUCCUCUCCUUCCACCUCAAAAACGAACCUUCCGACUUCGAACUACGCAUGGCCCUACCCCUCGGCAUCGUCUUCUGGUGCCUCGGGCUAUUGUGCCUGGUGCUGGGGUUUGGAAACUACGUGAAGACGAUGACUCUAUAUAGCAAGCGCGCGGCGCUGGUUCAGUCAGGCUGGAAGACACAGACCACAUUUGGAUUAGUGGCUGCGAGUAUAGUAGUCGUGUGUAUUCUGUUCCUGGCUACGAAUUCGACAAAGGAUUCAUGAUAUCCCGAGACAAACUUCUGAGUUAUAGGUUGGCUAUUUGGCUACGGCGUUUUGGCGGGGUGUUUCACAUGCCAGGGAAAAGGGAUACUAUACCAUGGAGCGGACAACUAUUAAUGACUGGAUAUACAGGCAAUAUACCCAAUGUUUCAUAGCUCUAGGC